AUGAUGGCUACUGACGAAGAGGAGGGCCCUCCGGGGGCUGCGGACGUGCCCGUUUGGAGCACCCUUUCGCCGCCCCUUAACCUGCAUCCGUUCUACUACGGGGGGCUCGCGAACUGCGCUGUGUUCUGGAGAUACAGCGCGGAGAUUCUGGACAGCGCAUUCUGCCGAGAAUGCGUUGUUGACCUGAACAACGCUGUGCGAGGCCACGUGGACAGGGAGAUCGCAGACUUCGUUGAAGUCCAGGGGGGCGGCCGGAGCCCGGGCAGCGUGGACAAGUCGGUGUUGCUGGCCAAGGCAGCGCAGCUUAUAGGCGAGCAUCGAAGGUCGCCCUACGUCACUUCGCUGGCGCUGGUUAGGCUGGCGUCGGAGGUCAGUGCGAAGCACGCAGAGCCCAGCAGGGAAGAAGCGUUGUUUAAGCACCCGGGCGGCACCUCCGAGUAUUUCCCAACGGUGGAUCCGGCCGUCGCAAGGAAAUCUUGGAAGUUCUCAGUUGGGAGUGACGAGGGGCAGCCAGCUUCCUCCACGGUCACCUGCACCAUCAUAAGGAGGCUGGUGCCUUGUGUCACACCACCCAUUCCAGUGGUGCAGGUAUGGCAGUAUCCAGAAAAAGAGUCUGGGACUGCAGUAAUAACAGCAACGAAAACCGGGACGCGACCUGGUUUCAACAAAGACUUGAACCGCUCAGUGGUGAUAACCUGGGCUGGAAAUGCUGCAUUUGCUGAAGCAGAGAGCCACAUUGCUGGCCAGCAUUUGCUGCACGAGUUCAGACCCCGUGCGAACAUCCUUCUCUUCAAGGGAGUCCAAAAGAUUGAUUACUUGGUGUGUGACUCGCUGAAUGACAGUGCAGCAGCUCUGCUGCCAAUAAACAGAGAGCUUGCUGCAAGGGACUCGUCGUUGCAGAUUUUUGUGAAGCAACACAGAGCAGCUGAUGAGGGGGCUGCCCUUUUCAAUCUGCACCUUGAAGAGGAUGUUUCUUCAGCACCAUUCUUGCAGCCAAUUGGUAUGUUGCGCAACCUGCAAAUUCAGGACACGCCAGACCUAGAAAUCGCAAAAUCUAUGAGAGCAGUCCUUGCUUUUCUUCAGAUCAGCAGUGAGGCAUUGCAAGGAGAUGUGCAAAGCAUUGUUCAACACAUGCAACACUGGCCCAAGGAGCUUGUCUCCACAGCUCAGGGGCCGAAAUUGAGGAGAAAGGACUUUGGAGACCUUCUUGUGGCAGUUACUGCCAUCUAUGGUUCUGCAGGACAGGGAGCAAAGCUGCUUCUGCUCCAUCAGCUCCUAUUUGAACCCUUGUGCUCACAUAAACCCGGCACAGCACCAAAUGCAAGAAGCAUCAGAGGCCCAUGCGUUGCAAGGGAAGAACGAAUUGAAGUGACAAGCGAUCAUGAGAGGCUGCGCACUGCCCUAACGAGCACUAUUGCAGAACUCACAUCCGAGCUAGAUGACCGGCCUGAACAUCAUGAGGUCGCAUUGGGCAGUGGCGAGGCAACUGCACAUGAAAGUGUUCCACGUCCGAGAAUCCACGCAGACUCGCAGGAGAGGCAGGUCUGCAUCGAAUUUCUGGAGAAAUUGAAGCUGUGCAUCCAGAUUCUCAAUGAGAGUGGACUGGAUGUGGCCUUGAUGGCAGUGGGCCAGGCUUGCCUGGCGGUUGUGCAAAAACUCACUCCAGAAAGCAGUGAUGAUGUGGAUAUUGCAGACUUCAUGUGGGCGAAUUUCUUGCAAAAGCUGCUUUUGCAGUGCCUGAUGGACACCGAUCCCAUCUGUGACUGGGAUUUUGUGGUUAAGAGCUUGAGCACGGUGCUGGAUGUCCACUUGUUCCCCAAGUAUAGGAGACUGAGAACAUUUUUGCUCGAAGAGAGACCUGAACAAUUUGAAGGGAUGGUGCAAAUGGCUACCUUGGAGGGAGCUGCCUCGCUUGCCACAAGGUUGAAAAACGAUUUGGGGCAUGUCAAUGCUGCAAUACAGAGGUUUUCCAUGGCACCUGCAGAUGUACAUCCAAUUGCAGGGGCCCCACUUGAGGGCCGACAAGUGGCACAACAAGCGCCUCCGCAAUAUGCCGUUGUGGUGACGACCAGAGGCUUGGAUGUGCUCGGCGAUCUUGACUUCGUCAUCGACUUCACACGCAGCGAGAGCCUGUGGUUUUAUUGUCGCUCGGCAGAGCGAGCUGGAACCCUUCCCGAAAAUCCCACUGUGCUACAGUCCAGUGCAGUGGGGUCGUCAGGGAGGGUUGUCGCUCGUUUGCCCAUGCAACGGAGCCCAGGUCGGCGCUGUGGGAGGCGGCAUUUGUCUGACCUGCAGGGCGGGGCUUCUUCCUUUGGCUCAGGGUCCACGAGGACUAGGCCGCAUGAGUCUUCCGGAGAGGUGUGA